UGGCCCUGCUCCCCCUUGCCUAGUGUGAGAUGGACACAAAGAAUAGCUUCUCUGUGUCUACCAGUGAGAGCCUCCUUGCUCCAGAGCAAGACCCAGGGGCAAUAUUAGCUAAGUGCCGUGACAAUUCCCAGCAUGGAACGUGAUGGGAGACUUAGCCUACAAUUGUGUGACCAAUCCACAUUCUCAUGAAGACUACGGGGCUCCCACAUGAGCUGUGGUGAGAUUACCUCAUUUCCCCUGAGAGAAGUCUUUGCAUGUACCUAAAACACAGUCUGUUAAAUCUUUUGUAAUGUGACAUGCAGAGUCUUUUGUUUUAGAAAGAAUGAGGAGACCAGAAACAGCAUUGAGUGUGAAGCUUCUGAUUCCUUCGAUAUAUCCAUGUGAAAAGGCAAUGCCCUGUUUUAUUGUUUUUGGUGUGGACAAUAGGUUUACUUGAUAUGCAUAUGAGAGAGGGAAUGGGGUAAGAAUAGGAGAUGGAAACAAACCAGAAAUGGAGAGAAUGAGAAAGUCAGGAAAGAAGGACAGGGAAAGUAUAUCGCUAUGGGAUUCAUGUGAUAUGAAAAGCCCGGUGAGAAGCCUUCCUUCCCAGCUCCAAGAUUCAGGAAUGUGCCUGGUUACCACAAACUGUCCCAGCACAGGGAGAGCCUGCCACAUCCGAUUCACGAUGCAGAUAGCUGCUGCCCUGCUUACACACACAACCUGCAGCCCCAGAGCACUCAUGCACAGACUGUGUUAUGGCUAGAACUACAGCUCCCCACAGUAGAAGCGGAGGGGUGUUGAUAGCCAUGCCGCAGGCUCCGAUUUCUCAAAUUUCCUCUCAGAAAGCCAUAAGUGGGCCUACAGGACUCUCACAUUGAUGUGAACAUAAUUUCUUCUUUCGUCUAUUUCGUCUAUCCCGAAGCACCUCCGUAUCAAUAUAUUUUGUAAACUAUAUCACUGUAUUAAUGGGUUUAGCAGAUUGGAAUAUUUUCCUGGUAAUGGAAAUGUUAUUGAAAUUGUUUGCACAGAUGAUUGGUCGAAGUUGCCACGGUGGGAGAAAUAACUCACAAACUUAAUUAGAUUUUAACGUGUGGAACGUUCAGAUUGGCUGAAGUAGGUUUUAGGCGGUGCGAAAGUGACAUCUUGUGGCCAGUACAAUUUGCCACAAAAAAUCGUUAUCAUUAUUUGAGAAAUUGUGAUUACAUACUGUAUGAUACAUAACACCGUAACAGAAACUGAUACGAAGUGUCGCUCCAAUGCCACUGCCUGAGUCACUCCCCAGGGAAGUUCUUGUUUAUGGUGUUGCAGCCAAACGUCAUGUUUACUAAAGUUUUGGAUAACCUACGCCAAUGCAUUUCCGUCAAAAUCGGCGUUUUCAGAACUUGGUUGCAGGCUUCCUUCCCCAUAUCUCUGGCUCCCUCUAUGGCUACUGAUGACUACAAUCCCGUUUCCCUGAGACAGAAGUCCAGAAGGAAAGCCAGAGGAGGCAAUGUGACAAUGAGCAGGAGAAGGAUCUCGGUCAAAGAGCUGGGCCAGCCCGACCACCAGGGUUGGCUCUACAGAAAGAAGGAGGGCAAAGGCUUUCUAGGCUUGAAAUGGAAGAAGUACUGGUUUGUCCUGAAGAAGACAUCUCUGUACUGGUACUCCAGCCAGCUGGCAGAGAAAGCAGAAGGAUACAUCAACCUCACAGACUUCAUGAUAGACAGAGCUAUGGAGUGCAAAAAGAAAUAUGCCAUCAAAGCCUGUCACCCACAAGUCAUGAUGUUUUACUUUGCUGCAGAGAGCAAUGAGGACAUGAAUAUUUGGUUGAAUAAGCUUGGACUUGCUUCAAUUCAGUAUGAGUCAACAGAGAGCAACACUGCUGCUGAGUGUUACAGCGAGGCCAGUGAUCACGAGGAGGCUGAGACAACGGAAGCCCCCCCACCCCCCUACUCUGAGGAGAUGAGUCAUCAAUCUAUGGAUGUGGGUGUUUCGUCUGGCCAGGGCACUCUCCCUCCUCCUUACUCCUCCCCCCUUCCCAGUGAAGCCAAUGGCUCCCUCUCCUCACCUGUAAGCACCAUGACAUCGCAGAGCUCCGCCUCCUCGCUGGCCAAGCACCGGCAGUCAUGGCUGGACCUUGUUUCGCAGGCCUCCCCUGUUGCCGGGGAAACGCUGGUGUGUUCGGUCGAGGUCCACAGACAUGGCCCUCCACAUGAGGAAGAAGAAGAGGAGCCUCUGGAGAAUGCAGCCAGCGAAGACCCUGCCAUUCCCGAGGGUCAGACUCAGGUGCCAGCACUGAAUUCAGGAGAAGAGUGUGAAACCAACUCAGAUGAGAUGGAGAGACUCUACAUCCAUCUCAAACAGGCCAGUCUCUCCCCAAUUGGAGAACGCAAACCAUCCACCAAGAGGGACUUCAGAGCCUCGUUUAUAAAGCGUUGCAAGAACCAGACCAUUAACGACAAACUGCACGUCAUCAGAACACUGAACAGCACACUCAAGUCUAAGGAAGCAGACUUGCAGACACUUGAGCAGGUGCUUGCGGACCCUGAACUGACAUCAGACAGAUUCAGGGAGUGGAAAGAGGCCAACAACCCCUUGUUGCAGGAUAUAUGUCAAAGCCAUGGCCCCCAGAGGGCAGCAGAGGAACAUGCUCCAGCAGCAGCAGCCGCCAUUUAUGUCCCAGUGGUGGAGACCAGUUUAUAAAGACUGUUAGAAACCAUAAAGAUCGUCAGACUCACUGCCAUAAUCUGCCUGGACCCAGCACUAAGGUCCUGAAGUUGACACAUAUGUGGACAGUUGAUCUAUAUGAGCCUAUUUUCCCCUUAGCUGAGAUGGUGCAAGCAUUUUGGUGUAUUAAUUUAUGUUUGAGUAUUAUUUUUUACUGUUGAGAUAUAAAAAAUGUUUAGUAAGAUACACAAAUGUUUUCAGGCUGUAUUGACACAUUUUUUAUCUGAAGAAUAUGAAUUCCUUUGAUAUUUUGAAUUGUUGGACAUAUUGGGAAUAUGUAUCCAUCAUUCACUCCAUUUGAAAACACUUUUUGUUCUGUAGAGUAAGUGUUUUAGUACUAGAAAUAACAGCGUUGAACAAGGUUCUGACUUUGUAUGUUUAUAUUAACACCUCAGACGAGCACUACCACCUUAUGACUUAUGUAGCUACGAUUCUCUUUGGAAGUACCCUGGCUUUAACUUGAUGUGUCCACGUGUUACCAUUCAGGACAGCUGGUGAUAUCUACAUUUAUAGAUGUUUCAUGCAGCAAAUACCAGUUAUAUGGACAAGAUUGCAAGUUGCCUGUCUAGUAUAAUCGAAUAAUGAAGCCUGGGUAUGUUUUAGCUUUGAUGAAUCUUCUACAUUGUUUUAGCAUUGUAAAUAACAUUGUAAAUAAUUGUAAAGUGUGAUGUAGCCUGUUACAACGAUUCUGUUUAAAUGUUUAUACUGCGGGCUCUGUCAGUGUCUGUAAUUAGAGAGUAAUAAAGGAAUGCAUUUAUGCAUAAAAU